AUGGACCGUAGGGGCUCUGAAGAGGAUACUGCUAACGUUAGUACAGAAGAUAUUUCGGAAAAGCAGCAAUAUGUGGUUACUAAAUCCUCUGACGUAGUUCCUGCUAUUAAUCGCAGAUCAAAGAAGAAAAAGAAAAAAAAUAAGGAGAUACAGAAAUUCGCGAAAGGGAAAGUCGAAGAAUCAUUAGAUUCAAUUCUAGAAGAGCUUUCUAUUGAUGUAAAGGCUUCUAAUGAAAACAUCUGUCAUAGUGCUAAAGAACGAAAUGAGAAUGUGAUUGAUGCUACGAAAAAGCAAGUCGGUUCUUCAAUCCUAACAGCGGAUCCUAAACACUUAAAAGCUGAGUCUGAAUUGCGGAAAAUAUUUGGUUCUAGAGUUGUUAAUUCUUUUGAAAACAAUGAGAUUGGGGGCAACUUGAGGCAGAUGCAUGGUGGAAGACGUGCAAUUCACAACCCACGCAGAACCAUUCUUGUCACUCCAUCAAGUUAUUGGCCGCGAUGGGAUGGGUCUUUGUCCAUGGAAUUGAUCGAAAUAAAGGAUGGGCUUCAUUAUUUUAGUGAGAGUGGUGCAUAUUGAAGAUAAGUUAAUAGAAAAUAAGCUCCUGUGAUUUGGGUACAUAUACCAAAGGGAAGGAACUGCAGCACGGAUAAAACAAAUAUUUAAGGAUGAGAAAG